AUGCUGCGAUGGACGUCGAGAUGGGGCAGCGUCGCAGCAAGGCAGGCACGCUUAUUGAGGUUUGUCGGAAGACGCCGCGAAUCCACCAAGACCACGACGAAUGAGACCAAACCACCAAAAACCGAACCGACCUGGACACAGCGAGCACGGCAAUCCUUCCCACCACGACUAUCGCAUCCUCCAUACUCCCCUCCUCUACGAUAUUGUAUCUACGUGGUGGCGAUAGCGCUCUCUGGGCACACCUUCAUCAACUAUGUGCACUACUGCGGGGCGACGUAUGGCAUCUCAAUGCUGCCCACCAUAUCGAGCUUCGGCGACUGGGUCUGUAUCAGCAAGUGGCAUCGAAGAGGAAGGGGCAUUGCAGUGGGAGAUCUUGUAAGCUUCAAGCACCCCGUCAAUCUAGGAGAAUAUGCUGUGAAGAGGGUUGUUGGGAUGCAAGGAGACUUUGUCUUGAUGAACACUCCGAACAAGAGCGAGGCUAUGAUUCAGAUACCAGAAGGCCACUGCUGGGUGGUCGGCGACAACAUGGAACACUCACGCGACUCCAGAAUGUUUGGACCUCUUCCCCUAGCAUUGAUCUCUGGCAAGGUGACUGCCAAGAUUGAAUGGCAAGGCUGGAUACCUCACUACUCCCGUUUCGAGCCUGGCUUGGAAGCUGCCUCUAUUAUCGACGAUGAUGACAUCGACUGA